GUCUGACCUCUCUUUUCCCAUAACCUAAAACCCUCGAAACGAAAUAGCGAUCGCCAUGUCCGCCACCGCAGUCGCCAGGUCAGUCCUCCGUUUCACCGCCAUCAGGCCAGCCACCACCCGCCGAUUUCCUUCCAGAGCUAGGCCGGCGUUCUUCACUUUACCCUCCUCAAGGAGAACCCCUCCGCCUUCUCUUCGUAUUUCGAGGCCGAUGAGCUGUUUGGCUGACACAUUGCUUCCGUAUCACUCCGCCAACGCCUCCGCACUGAUCAAUUCGAAGCUCUCCGUCUCUCGCUGCGCUUAUGUCUGGACUCUCGAUGAUGGAUAAUUAGUUCUAUACCGUGAUAGAGAGUGUGCGCUAUCUUCGUUAUGUUUCAGAUGAGAUGGCGAGUUGUCGUUGAAGGCGUUUCAAGCGUUGAAUGACCAAAUUCAACUAUUCGAACUUCCUAUGUUUAUACAAUUCAAUCUGGUUUCCAACUAGAAUCUGAGUUUUGGAACAGUUGCCAAGUUUUAAUACUUGCUGAUGAAACUUGAGCUGCUUGUAUUCAUUCUCCUGUGAGAGGGAAGGAGUUGCAAUUUACUCAUCCUCAUGUUGAGGCAUUAUAUAUCAAGUUUGCAUCGAUCUAGGAAGAAUCAAUUACAGCCUCUGCUAGGAGCUAGCUAUGUUCCAGCAAAACUGGGAACUGGAAGCAUGCUGUUCAUAUCACUGUCCUCUGUCCAGUUUCUCAUGCCUAUGUCCGACGAUGCUGGUCUCUUUCUCUUGCUCUUAGCUGAACAGUCUCCCUUGACUCUUACCAUCAUCGAUCUGCCUUAACUCUACGGAUCGACACCGUGCCAAGAUGCUACUCAAUUCAGAUUUGGUCACAACGACACAGAGUACAUAGAUUCCUGCUGGAUCCCAAUCCUAGUUAUAACAUGCCAAUUGAAGUUUCAAUUACAAGAGCUGCUCGUGUGGAACGAAGACUAUCGUACUAUGAUGCACGCAAUAAGAAAGCGACGAAAGACCACAAAUAGUUAUAUGGAUACUUCAACCAUAGAUCGCCAGAGAUAUCGACUAAACAAUAGAGGAUCUACUAUUAACAGUUCUAACACCAAAUGUUACUCAAGGCAAGCUUAAAAUACCAGAGACUGAACCAAUUUCAGGGAGGUUCCAUAUACCAAACCCAGUAAAGAGUCAUAGCAUUAACAUCCCACAACACAAUGGAACAAAACCAGAAAACUUUGAUCAGGCCUCUAAAGACUUACAUAUCUCCACUUAAGCAAAAAACCCCAGAAAAACCAUUAAAAAAAACUCCAUCCCUAACAAGCACCACCCCUUGAAAAACAUCAGCUCUACUCAUCUGCAGCAACCGUCACCAGCUCAUACUCCACCAGCGACAUAUUGUUAUCAUCUUUUACCACGAAAUUAGCAGGUUCAGUGACUUCGAUGCGACCCCACUUGUCAACAGCUAGCCUCAUGGAACCUUUGAACAUGUCGAUCUUCGAGUUUCGGAUUAUGAUAGUGGUUUCAGGCUUCACCAAGUCAACUGCAGCAGGAACCCAAAGCAGAGAUCAGUUUGUGAAAAUGAGACUACAGCAAUCAGGAGAUCGGUAGCAAAAGCAUCCAUAUGGCUUUUCUUGCUAGAGGAGCAAAUAAAAACACAGACAAGAUAAACUCGCCACCCUAACAUCUAGAACAGACUGAUAUAGGAACACGCCAUUCGGAUUGAGACC